GCUCAGCAAGGGGUCCGUCCUUCUCUGUCACUGUCUCUUUUGCCUGUUGUAAUUCUGUCUGCCUCUCUGGGACUCUGCCUGUCUCACUCUUUCUGUCUGUGCCUCUCCUCACUCUUGUUCUUUCUGCCUGAAUCACAGCCCUCAGUCUUUCUGUCCUCAUGCAUUUGUCUUUGUGGCUCUUUCCAUUUUUCUGCCCUUGACACCAUCCCCUCUCCCAGCGCUUUCCCUUUACUUCCAGAGCGCUUCAUGACUUAGGCAGGGAAACAGAGGCCAGGGCCUCUUUCCUGGCUUCCCUCUGCAUCUUACUGAGUAUGCAGGUCGGAAGAGCCUCGGGUCCUGCCGCCGCGGGUGGCCUAGAGCCAAAGGAAGGCGGAGCCCAUCGGGGCGGGAUUGGCCCUUAGGGCCACCUCAUAAAGCCUGGGGCGAGGGGCACGACGGCCUUGGGAAGGAGCCCUGCUGGGGCUGUUCGGUCUGACAGACCUCACAGGCUCAGUCGGGCUCUGCAGUGUCAUGCCUGGGAGCCCCCGGCCCGCGCCGAGCUGGGCGCUGUUGCUGCGGCUGCUGGCGUUGCUGCGGCCCCCGGGGCUGGGCGAGGCAUGCAGCUGCGCCCCGGCGCACCCUCAGCAGCACAUCUGCCACUCGGCACUUGUGAUUCGGGCCAAAAUCUCCAGUGAGAAGGUAGUUCCUGCCAGUGCAGACCCUGCUGACACUGAAAAAAUGCUCCGGUAUGAAAUCAAACAGAUAAAGAUGUUCAAAGGGUUUGAGAAAGUCAAGGAUGUUCAGUAUAUCUAUACACCUUUUGACUCUUCCCUCUGUGGUGUGAAACUAGAAGCCAACAGCCAGAAGCAGUACCUCUUGACUGGUCAGGUCCUCAGUGAUGGAAAAGUCUUCAUCCAUCUGUGCAACUACAUCGAGCCCUGGGAGGACCUGUCCUUGGUGCAGAGGGAAAGUCUGAAUCAUCACUACCAUCUGAACUGUGGCUGCCAAAUCACCACCUGCUAUACAGUACCCUGUAUCAUCUCGGCCCCUAAUGAGUGCCUCUGGACAGACUGGCUGUUGGAACGAAAGCUCUAUGGUUACCAGGCUCAGCAUUAUGUCUGUAUGAAGCAUGUUGACGGCACCUGCAGCUGGUACCGGGGCCACCUGCCUCUCAGGAAGGAGUUUGUUGACAUCAUCCAGCCCUAGUAGGGACCAGUGACCAUCACAUCCCUUCAAGAGUCCUGAAGAUCAAGCCGGUUCUCCUCCCCUGCAGAGCUUUGGCCAUUACCACUUGACUUCUUGCUGCCAGCUAAUAAGAAGUGCCAAGUGGACGGUCUGGCCACUGUCAGGGCAGGGAAGGGGCCAUGACUUUUCUGCCCUGCCCUCAACCUGUCGCCCCUGCCUCCCAAACCCCAUUAGUCUAGCCUUGUAGCUGUUACUGCAAGUGUUUCUUUUGGCUUAGUUUGUUUUCUAAAGCCAGGAUUAUUCUCUUUCCUCCCAAGGAAAACAUGUUUUCCUUUGUCUUAAUCGAUCUGGUAGGGGAGAAAUGGUGAAUGUCAUACAUAUGAGAUGGUAUAUCCUUGUGAUGUACAAUACCAGAAGGUGGGUUGACAACAUCAUAAACAGACUGACUGGCAGGAAUGAAAACAACAA